AUGGAUGAUCGUGCCAACACGUGUGCUGACAUCACCGAACACAACUGUCAAUCCUGCGAACGUCCGGAUGUGGCGGAAAAAGAAAUGGUUCAAUGCUGUUUAUGCCUGUUGUGGGAACACUUUGGCUGUGCAGGGGUUGAUGAUAUGAUUAAAGAACCUGGUGUCAAAUAUGUUUGCACUACUUGCAGCAGCAAACAGAAAACGUCCGCCUCUACGUUCACCAAAGAGCUACUUAAACCUUCCACCCGCUCUGACCGACUAACUCGGGCCGGAUCCCAACGCAGCAAGCAACUCUCGAAUGCUAAAGGGAGCGCCAUUUCCAGCAAUCGAGCCGCUCUGGAGGAACAACUGAAGAUGGUAGAGCAAGAACAGCUUCUGCGGGAACAAGAACUAGAGGAAAAGAAGGAGCUUAAGCGACUCGAACUAGCAGAGGCCGAGCGCCAACUGAACGAGAAAAGACUGCUGCUAGAGGAAGAGAAGAACAUUCGUGAACGAAAGUUGGCGGAGGAAUUGGCCAUGAAGAUGUUGCACCAAAAAUUAAGGAGGGAAUCGCUAGAAAAGCGGAAUGAAAUUGUGCGGCAGCUAGCACAAUCCAGCAGCAGAGGCGGAUCACUUCCGGAUCCAAACGAACGGGUGAAGUGCUGGCUAGCUAAUCAGGAUAAGGCAAAUGAAACAGACGGAAACCCGGCCAAUACCAGUGAAUAUCUCUACGGCAAAAUUCCUUCCGUAGUCCUUUCGAAGCGUGAUGUUUCUCCGGAUCCUGCUCCAUCAUCGUUGAUCCCAGCAUUACCAACGCCGGAUCCCCAACCGAAACCUGUUCCAAAGCCACUUUCAAUACUUUCAUCUCUACCACCCACUCCACUUCGUGCAGACAUCCAUACACCAGACAACUACUCAAAUGCUCAACCAGAUAGUCUAUGUCCAGCACACUCACUGUGUGAAAAGGAUUGGGCGAUGCCACCGCCUCAGCUUCCCCCCGCGAAUGGGCGCCAAGGACAAGGUGGCGCCCUCUCUCACCAACAAAUCGCUGCGCGCCAGGUUUUAGGAAAGGAAUUACCCAUCUUCAAUGGGAAUCCGGAGGAUUGGCCAAUUUUCGUCAGCAGCUACGAACAGUCGACGACGGCCUGUGGCUAUUCAGAUGCUGAGAACCUCAUCCGCCUACAACGAUGCUUGAGAGGCAAUGCCUUGGAGGCGGUGAAAAGUCGGCUGCUUCUGCCAUCGAGUGUACAGCACGUCAUCGAGACCCUGCGUAUACUGUACGGCAGGCCAGAACUCUUGAUUCGAGCUCUCCUGAACAGGAUUCACCAAGUUCCGGCACCGAGGCACGAUCGACUGGAGACACUGAUGCAGUUUGGACUGGCGGUGCAAAACCUAGUGGAUCACUUAAAAGCAACCGGUCAACAUAACCACUUAGCAAAUCCAAUGCUGAUGCAGGAGCUAGUGGAGAAACUUCCUGGAUCGAUGCGUCUGAGCUGGGCUGAAUUUAAGAGAAGGCACGAAUUAGCGAAUUUAGGAACCUUUGGCGAGUUCAUGUCAGGACUCCUGACCGCUGCCAGCGAGGUAACCUAUGAUCUUCCGGGAUUUGUGAACGCUGUCCGAACCGACAAGCGAAAACCGAAGGAUGCUAGCAUCAUCAACGCCCACACACAUGUACCAGAGUCUCCAAUCACACCGAGCGGCAGAACAAAUACCCGCCAAGCAGUUAAAUCUUGUUUCGCAUGUGGGCGUGAUGAUCAUCGUGUACCCGAGUGCGAUCAAUUCAAAGCAGCUAGCGUAGACGAAAGGUGGAAAUUGAUCCAGCAGAAGGGCCUAUGCAGGACAUGUCUGAACAGUCACGGGAAAUGGCCAUGUCGAUCGUGGAAUGGAUGUGGUAUUGAAGGGUGUCGACAAAAACACCACACUCUCCUCCACUCCUCUUCCCCUACCAACCGCAACGUUAGUGUUUCUGCUAGUCACGUUUCCUCGGGAGAGUUCAAUUGGCCAUUGUUUCGGGUAUUACCGGUAGUCGUGUACGGAAAAACGUGCUCUCGAAUUAUUUUCGCUUUCAUCGAUGAGGGUUCCUCUUAUACCCUUCUGGAACAGUCGGUCGCACAGAUGCUCAACGUAUCCGGCCAGAAAGAACCGCUCACCUUGCAGUGGACAGGAAAUGUGACUCGAGUUGAAUCCGAAUCACAACAUGUGCAACUGGACAUCUCUUGUCAUAGCGGCAAUCCUCGGUUCCGCUUGAACAAUGCUCGUACAGUGCGUCAUCUGUUCCUCCCCUCUCAAACCCUCAAGUACCACGAUCUAGCAACCCGCUUUUCACACCUGCGGGGCCUACCAUUGGAAGACUAUGAGUUGGUCCAGCCACAGCUGCUGAUCGGUUUGGAUAAUCUGCGACUCUGUGUUCCGCUCAAGCUUCGAGAAGGAGGGCCGCGAGAUCCAAUCGCCGCGAAAUGCCGACUAGGCUGGAGCAUCUACGGAUGUAUCCCUGGGCGCUCAACUUCAACAGCAGUCGUCAACUUCCACGUUGGAGCGGUAUCUGAUUCGGACCGCGAGAUGAACGAGCAGCUUCGCGACUACUUCGCGCUGGAGAAUUCUGGUGUCACCAUCCCGAAAGCAACACUAGAACCUGAAGACGAAAAGCGAGCUAAGCGGAUCCUGCAGGAGACAACUCGACGCACAGAAGGUGGAAUUGGUUUCGAAGCUGGUCUCUUAUGGAACACCGAUAACCCAAACUUUCCCGAUAGCUACCCAAUGGCAGUUCGCCGUAUGAUGUCGUUGGAGCGCAGAUUUGAACGAGAACCUUUACUAGGCGAGAAGGUUCGGGAGCAGAUAGCGGAGUACGAGCGGAAGGGCUAUGCACACAGAGCAAAUCUCGCCGAGUUGACCUCCGUGAAUGCGAAUCGGACGUGGUACCUUCCCCUUGGCGUUGUGACCAAUCCGAAGAAACCCGACAAGUUCAGAUUGAUCUGGGAUGCAGCGGCGAAAGUAGGUGGAGUAUCCUUUAAUUCGAAACUGCAUAAAGGCCCUGAUUUGCUGACUCCUCUCCCGCAAGUGUUGUGCCAAUUUCGACAGUUUCCUGUUGCUGUGUGUGGAGACAUAAUGGAAAUGUUCCACCAAAUCAAAAUUCGUUUUCCCGACUGCCAAUCCCAACGCUUCCUAUUUCGAGAAUGCCCAACAGACUGUCCACGCGUCUACAUUAUGGACGUAGCCACAUUCGGAGCGACUAGCUCACCUGCCAUGGCCCAGUUCGUGAAGAACUACAAUGCUCAGGAGUUCUCCCGAGAAUUUCCACGCGCUUCAGCCGCUAUCCUCCACAAGCACUAUGUGGACGAUUACCUGGACAGCUUCAGAACGAUUGAAGAGGCUAUCGAAGUGGUCAACGAGGUUAAGCUGGUGCAUUCCAGGGGCGGUUUCACAUUACGUCACUUCAUGUCGAACGAGGUGGAUGUCCUGCGGGGGAUCGGCGAGAUAGCUGAGGAUGUAGUUAAAAAUCUGAGUUUGGAGAGAGGGGAAAACUCCGAGUCGGUACUGGGAAUGAAGUGGCUGCCGAAAGACGACGUGUUUGUAUACACCUUUGCCAUGCGAAGAGACCUCCAGCAAAUUCUGGACGACGAACACAUUCCCACCAAACGAGAAGUCCUCAAGAUCGUUAUGAGUCUGUUCGACCCUCUUGGUUUCAUCGCGUUCUUUCUCGUCCACGGAAAAAUUCUGAUGCAGGACAUCUGGACUAGAGGAACAGGAUGGGAUGAACAGAUUUCACAGGAUAUCUACGUGCGAUGGCGACAAUGGACGAAACUGUUCCCGGAACUGGACGAACUACGAAUCCAGCGCUGCUACUUUCAGUCGCCUUUCCCGAAAACUUUCGAUGGCCUUGAACUGCACGUUUUCGUGGAUGCCAGCGAAGUGGCAUAUUCAUGUGUCGCAUACUUUCGUUUAGAAGCAGAGGGGAAAGUGCAAGUGGCAUUCGUUGGUGCCAAAACCAAGGUUGCUCCGCUGAAAACACAGUCGAUCCCUAAACUUGAACUGAUGGCGGCUUCACUCGGUACCCGAAUGCUAAACACGGUAAAAGGACAUCACUCAUUCCCGAUUGCCCGGCAGUUUAUGUGGACUGAUUCAACAGUGAGUCUCGCAUGGAUCAAAUCAAAAGAUCAUCGCCGGUAUCAACAAUUCGUCGCAGUUCGUGUGGGUGAAAUACUAAUGUCGACUGAACCGGGAGAUUGGAAACAUGUUUCAUCAAAACUCAACCUGGCGGAUCUGGCAACGAAAUGGAAACUUGGGCCGCAGCUUUCGAUGAGUAAUCCGUGGUUUCAAGCACAAGACAUCCUGCAGAAAGUUAGAGACCAGUGGCCCGAAGAACAAUCAAUUCCUGAAACUUGCGAAGAACUUCGUCCCAUCCAUUUCAACCUGGGUCAUUUCGCUCCGAACAUCAAAGUAUCUCGAUUUAGUUCAUGGACCAGACUGCAUCGGUCAACAGCAUAUGUUUUCCGUUACCUCGAUAACCUACUACGGAAGAGCAAGGGCCGACAUCUGGAAUUCGGCAUGCUCAUCCAGGAUGAGCUACAACGAGCUGAGUACGCGCUUUGGAGGAUGGCGCAAAUCGAGGCCUUCCCGGACGAAAUUACUGUACUUACGAAGUCCCACGGCCUACCCAACGACCGUCACUGUGUCGUCGACAAGUCCAGCUCAAUCUUUAAGACUUGGCCAUUCCUAGAUGACAACAAGAUUUUACGGAUGCGAGGACGAAUCGGUGCUGCACCAUAUGCGCCGGACGAAGCUAAGUUUCCCGUUAUCCUCCCCAAACACCACCUAAUCACAUUUCUUAUUGUAGACUGGUAUCAUCGCCGUUUCCGUCAUGCCAACCGAGAAACCAUCGUCAACGAGAUUCGCCAACGCUUCGAGAUCGCCAAACUCAGGUCGCUUGUGAAGAAAGUUGCCAAGAACUGCAUAUGGUGCCGCGUGAUGAAAACGGUCCCAAAACCACCAGCCAUGGCUCCGCUUCCAGAGAUGCGAUUGACAGCCUUUGUCAGACCAUUUACUUUCGUUGGUCUGGAUUACUUCGGACCGGUACUAGCUAAGGUGGGCAGAAGCAACGCAAAAUGCUGGGUAGCUCUCUUCACCUGCCUGACAAUGAGAGCCGUGCACCUGGAGGUAGUGCAUUCUUUGAGCACAGAGUCCUGCAUAAUGGCAGUACGGCGAUUUGUAUCGCGUAGAGGACCACCCCGGGAGUUCUGGACGGACAAUGCGACCUGUUUCCAAGGCGCAAGCAGUAAACUUAAGGCGGAAAUUGAAUCCACUACCCGAGCUCUAGCACUCACCUUCACCAGUACGGAAACAAACUGGAAAUUUAUCCCACCGGCCUCCCCGCAUAUGGGCGGAGCGUGGGAGAGACUCGUUCGCUCGGUGAAAGUAGCGGUUUGUGCAAUCUUGGAAGCACCCCGCAAACCAGAUGACGAGACACUGGAAACCAUUCUUUACGAAGCAGAAGCGAUGAUCAACUCGAGGCCGCUCACGUACAUACCACUAGAGUCGGCUGACCAAGAAGCGUUGACCCCCAACCACUUUCUUCUGGGCAGUUCGACCGGCAGCAAGAUCCUUCCGACGGAACCUGUGGAUCAUGGUGCAACCCUUCGCAGCAGCUGGAAGUUAGCUCAAUACAUCAUGAACCAGUUCUGGGUGCGGUGGCUGAAGGAGUAUCUGCCGGUUAUCACCCGGAGGAGUAAAUGGUUCGUGGAGGCAAAAGACCUGGAGAUUGGCGACCUGGUACUGGUGGCUGGCGAAACGGCGAGAAACCAGUGGAUUCGAGGCCGGAUCGAGGAUGUGUUCCCGGGUCGGGAUGGCCGAGUUCGACAGGCGCUGGUACGGACAUCAUCGGGGACCCUGCGAAGACCAGCCACAAGACUGGCUGUACUGGACGUCGUAGAGAGUCGUGAACCUGGCUUACGGGUUCCAGAUUAUCAGCAGGAUUCACGGGUGGGGGAAUGUUACGACAAGGUCCCCCGUUCAAUGAGUAACGCUUGCCGCGACGCUUCGUCAACCGUCCACAGCGGUGCGUCGACUGUCAUCCGAUCGCAGGAGGAUCGCAACUGUCAUGAACGUCAGUGA